AUGUCAGCAAAUGAAGAUAAAAUACAAGAAAUUUAUUCAUUUGCUCAAUGUUUAUGUCAAGAAAAUCAUUAUUUAGAUUGUGAGGAUCUUACAAAAUGGCUUGAUAUGAAAUUUUUACAAGCACAAACUGAUAUCUAUCGUGAUACAGCAAAUAUUCAUACAAAAUAUCUUCGCCAUCAUGCAUUUCAUAGUGAAAUUCUUUCUAAUAAAGAACGUCUAGUUGUGUUAAAACAACUUGCUGAACAAUUAAAAUCUAAAAAUUGUCAACUUAUUGAUUCAAAUCUAAUUGAUCAAAGUAUCAAUGAAUUAGAUGAUUUAUGGAUUAAAUUAGAAAAUAUUACUCGGAAAGAAAGUGAACUCACCGCAACACCAUCUAAUCAAGCUUUAUCGACAACAACACUUGAACUAUUAGACAAUAAUUUAAUUGAAAUAAAUCUUUUAUUACUUAAACAAACAACAAAUGAACAAAUAUGGUUAAGUGAAAAACGUCAUUUAUUAGAUAUCUAUCCGGAUUUAAUUUAUCAUGAUAAACAACAAACAUUAAUUAAUAUACAAUUAUUAAAACGAAAAAAUGAAUCAUGGUUAAAAGAAAUUGAAAAGCAUAAACAAGGUCUUUUAGAAUAUGUACAAAAUGAAUGUAUACGUAUAAGUCAAGAUUAUUCCUCACGUACCGAAAAAUUUCAAGAACGUUUACAACAAUUAUCUGAUAAUUAUAUUCAAUUAAAAGAAACAAUUAAACAACGACGAAAGCAUAUAGAAUUAUUAGAAAAUAUUUACCAAUAUUAUUAUGAUUUAAAUGAAGCUGAAGCUUGGUUUAGUGGACAAAAAUUAUAUAUGAUGAGUGAAGAAUGUGACAAAGAUGAAUUAUCAACACAAACAUUUGUACGUAAACAACAAAUAAUGGAACAAACUAUUGAAAAUUAUAGUAAUACAUUACAAGAAUUAAAUGAUAAAAGCAAAAAGUUUAAUACAAGAUUUAGUACAAUCAAGUUUAUCAUGAGAUUUAAUUAA